GUCAUUUCCAUAAAGCACACAUAAAUAUCCAGAUGACGUACUUUCUCUUAUCUUUCUGUUUUUGUCUCCACAGAACAGCCUGAUGCUCAACUGUCAGGCAUCUAAAAAGCCCUGGAGGGCAACUCACAUGACAACAGCAUUCAUUACUCUCUUGUUCUUCCCCUCAUUUCUUGGUGCUGCUGUUUUUGUUGCAUAUACAGUUUGGAUAAUCAAACCAUCAUCAGGAUGUGGCCCUUUCAGGAACCUAACCAGUAUGUUGGAAUCCGUGAAGCUGUGGGCUGAGAGGAUGAAGGACCAUCACCAAGUUCUUUCUUGGCUCAUUCGAGCUUACAAUGCUUUCACAGAUAACCCGAUCUUCUUGUUCAUGCCCUCUGGCCUAUUUCUACUGUUGAUAUAUUUCCAUAUUCAGGUAGUAGAUGGCCAAAGGAGAAUCAUCAGACGGUUAGAAAAGCAAAUUGACGAUGAAGGUAAAGACAAAAAAUUCCUCAUCACCCAACUGCAGUAUUGGUAUGAGGAAAAUAAUCCAAAUUCUAGUAAGAGACAAAGGUGAACUGGGUUCACUUCCUUCUUGGAAACCUUUCUGGUAAUUGCAGCACCCAUCAUUACUAAAGAAAUGGCAAA